AGUCAUAUUUCUGUUGCUAAGAUGUACCUCCGGAUCCUCCUAGCCUGUGCGACGUGCGCGUGUGCCGUCUCGGCCCAGAGGUACGAGGCUCUCGGCGUGCUGCAGCCGGCGAGGCCGACGGGCCUGGGCGACCACGAGAAAAUGGUGACGGCGACCAUCGAAAUCCUGCCGGAUGUUGCCAAGACCCUGAGGGAGCUCGCCAUGAGGAUGGCUCGCUCUCAGGACGACCCCUUCGACUCGCAGAACAUGUUCGAGAUCCUGAUGGCGUUCAUGCCCGUGACCCGCAGGAUCAUGUUCUCCGUGGCCAAGGCCGAGGGCCGGACCGUGUCCGAGGAGGAGCUGCAGAGGCUGGACCAAGCGGAGAGGAUGUUUCCCUCCGCCUUCAAGUUUUUGGUCAAGAUGCACGGGGGUGACCUGUUCGGCUUCGAAGACCCCGACGCCGAGAAGGCCCCGACGGAGGACGCCGCCGCCCUCGCCGAAGCCAAAGUGAGCGGCUCCUUCGUCCAGAUGCCCCACGGGAGAGGGAUGGUCAUCCACCACGGGUAGGCGGGAGGCGGACGCAGACGAAGGCACAGGAGUAGGAGGAGAGAGAAACAUCUUCGUCAAUCUCCGACGGAAGAGAAGGAGAAAGAGAAAAGGCACAAGACAUGAAGUUGGAGCAAGGAAAGGAGAACUUCAACGAGAGAAUGGGAAAUAAAGACAGAACAAGAAAAGUUCAUUAUAAGGGCAUUAUAAAAAUCUCCACUAGUCUGAGGUACACCUGUUCUAUGUUAAUUUACUUUUAACAUUCAUUUGCAUAAUGCUAU